UCUUAGCUCCAUAAGCCAAACAUCUGCCUCCUUUGUAUUGUAUCCAAAGAUUCUGUCAAUGUAAAUGACCUGAAAAUAUUUAUAUUAAGGUGUCCAAUAUUCUUAUGUCUGCUUUAUUAAUGUAUUUCGUAGGUUAGGAAAGACUAAGGUUUUAGGCUUUUGUAUUUUGAUCUUGAUCAAUAUUUCUUGAUCAAGAUAACUGCAUGAAGUUCAUAUAGACAAAUGACCAAAGGAAAAAUAUAAUUUUUUAAUGAAAUCUUUAUGAAAAUCAUGCUCAAUCUCCUUUCUCUACCAUCAGUAAAGCUGUAUGCAUAAUAAUGAAACUAAAUGAGAAAUUUGGCUAAACAACAUACGUCAGUUCAGGUGUCCAAUCUAUACUGACCAAAAAGAGAUGGUGUUGGACAAGAACAAUACUUCAAAUUAUGUUCACUUACAUUUCCAUUAAAUAUUGGCCUGUCUAAAACAUACUGUGUGUUAUUGUUUAAGAAGGUUGUUAUAGAAGUGUUCCAACUUCCGUGUACCAAAACCUUCUCUCUUCCUCUCCCUCCCUCUCUCUCAGCAUGGGUUGGCAGAUAUUGCUGGCCUGCAUGUUCCAGAAAAUGUUGCUAGUUCACAUCAUUCACUGCUAAAAGAAAAAACAAACAAACAAAAACACAACCAAAAAACAACUACAUCAGAAAAACAAUAAACAAUACAAAGUUUAAUCUUUCUUUUUGUUAUUCUUCUUACUGAAACAUGCCUGUCAAUAAAAAUAAUAUCAGAAUAAUAUAUCAUCUAUUAGCAGAAACUAUAAUGUAGCUAUACAUUUAGAAUAAAGAACUGAAGGGCACUCUCCAGCUGCACAUCAGUCAGUGACAGUGAGCAACAGCUAUUAAAAGAAUAGCCACUAGAGGCCUUCAGUUGCUUGGCCUGUCAGAAGUGAUGAAGGCACAGCCCCCCAGCCCACCAGGGCUUGCUACCCUUAAAUCUCUGGGUGACUCUGUCCCUUCCCCCCAGUGGAGCACAAUUCUCCACGUGGAAAAAAAUCUCACAGGUGCUCCAAAUGGACAUGUCCAGCUGAUUCUGACUCUGAUAGUCCUAGAAAAAAUAAAGGAACUGAUAAAAAAUUCAGUUGUGUGAUUUGUUACAGGCAACAUGUGACACUGCAGGAGCAGUGCUCCUCACAGCUGCUGGCACGCCGACCUCCCCCCCUUGGCUGCCCUCCACUGCCUGCAAACACCUUGGUGGGAUAACAGCAAAAAAACAUGAAAGUGAGAGGAAGUCCACUGAACAUCAGCAAGGGUGUUUUAUUUCCAGCCCCUGUGACAGCUCAGGGUUAAAUGGGUUUUCAUUGUUCUUUCCCUAGUGCAAUUUGGACAUGAUGCCAGUGUAAGUGCACCCAGGGUUUUAUUUGGUGCCGCCCCCCCGUCUGUGAGGCUGGUAUUCUCCCACUAGCUGCCUGUUCUAAAUAUGGCCAUGGCCAGUGUGUCAAUAAUCCCUCUCUUUAAGGGACUUGCAAACAUUAGUGUUGGGACAUUCUUGCUGUUCAGAUGUCUAGCUGACGUCUGAUGCUUAAAACGGAGCAUGCUUUCAUCCCUUCAUGCAUUGUCGUAAGCCCCCAAUGAUUACUCUUAAAAGGGUGCCUCUGGCUAUGCAGGGAAACAGUUGCUGACCACAGGAGACACAGCUUGCUCGCUUCAGCCUUCUUGAAUGCCUAGUCACUUUAGCUUUGUACCAGCCUGACCAAGCAGGACCAUGUCUACCUUUGGGUAUAGAAGAGAGCUCAGUAAAUAUGAAGACAUUGAUGAAGAUGAACUCCUUGCUUCUCUCACUGAAGAGGAGCUCAAGGAGCUGGAGCGGGAGCUAGAGGACAUAGAGCCCGACCGUAACCUUCCAGUGGGACAACGGCAGAAGAGCCUGACAGAGAAAACACCCACAGGGACUUUCAGCAGGGAAGCACUGAUGGCCUACUGGGAGAGGGAGACCAAGAAACUCCUAGAAAAAGAGAGGUUGGGUGCAUGCGAGAAGGAUUCUGAGCAAGAAGAAGACAAUUCAGAAGAACUUCAAGAAGAAUGUUUCACAGAAAGCAAUAGUGAAGUGUCUGAGGAGGCAUAUACUGAAGAGGAUGAUGAAGAAGAAGAUGAGGAGGAAGAUGAAGAUGAGAGUGAUGAUGAGACUGAGGAAAAGCAAAAUGCUGCAGCUGGCAGGCAUUCUGACCACAGCAGACACAAAAAGUGUAAUGGUGCAAAGGACAGUGAAAACUUCCUCAAUGGCCAUGAUGGAAAAGAGAGUGAUAAUAGGAGUUUAAAAAGCAGUGCCAUCCACCCUUGUGGAAAUCCAACAGUUAUUGAAGAUGCUUUGGAAAAAGUUAGGAGCAACGACCCUGACACCACAGAGGUCAAUCUGAACAACAUCGAAAACAUCACUUCACAGAUGCUUAUACAAUUUUCUCAAGCCCUGAGGGACAACACUGUGGUUAAGUCAUUCAGCUUGGCUAACACCCAUGCUGAUGACAAUGUGGCAAUAGCCAUUGCUGGUAUGUUAAAGGUUAAUCAGCAUAUAACUAGUCUGAAUAUUGAGUCAAAUUUUAUCACAGGCAAAGGCGUGCUGGCCAUCAUGAGAGCUUUGCAGCAUAACAAGGUUCUAACAGAACUUCGGUUCCACAACCAAAGGCACAUCAUGGGCAGCCAGGUGGAAAUGGACAUAGUCAAAUUGUUGAAAGAGAACACCACUCUGGUAAAGCUGGGGUACCACUUUGACCUCGCUGGCCCAAGAAUGAGCAUGACAAGUAUCCUGACAAGAAAUAUGGAUAAACAACGGCAAAAGCGUAUGCAGGAGCAGCGGCAACAGGAGUCAGGUUGUGACGGAGCUAUCAGUCCAAAGACCAAAGUUUUGCAGAAGGGGACACCUCGGUCCUCACCUUAUGUAUCGCCUAAAAGCUCACCAUGGUCUUCCCCAAAGCUCCCUAAGAAAGCACUGCCAGUGAAAUGUCAGCCUUCAGCACCUGCACCCCCACCUCCCCUUCCCCCCUCACCCCCACCUCCCCCUCCUCCUCCCCCUCCUCCGAUUAUUCCAGAGAAGAAGGCCCCUACCAGGAAUAUAGCUGAAGUCAUCAAACAGCAAGAAAGCUCCAAAAAAGCCUUACAUAAUGGACAGAAAAAGAAAAAAGGCAAAAAAAGCAGAAAACAUGAGAACAGCAUAUUGAAAGAAAUUAAAGAUUCUUUAAAAUCAGUCUCGGACAGAAAAUCAGAGGAAGGUUCACGACCCUCCACCCGGCCAUCCACUCCACAAAGGUCUCUCCACGACAACCUUAUGGAAGCAAUUCGGGCAAGCAGCAUAAAGCAAUUAAGGCGGGUGGAGGUACCAGAAGCCCUUCGGUGAAAGCCUGGAUAACAGAAGCAGAGCAAUGAUCAAGGGGAGGCUGCUUUUCCUUUCACUGGUGGUAACAUAGACUGUCUAGAGAGCAGUUUCCAAAGUACACUCUUAGGUUCAAGCCAUUUCUCUUUAAUUCAAAGAAAUAAACCCGCUAAAUACAAAGUAAUGCUUUAAGGAUCCAUUUGCAUUGUAAUCUGUAAAUAUGGAAAUAAUGUUCUUUUUUAUUUAAUGAGAUUUAUAUUGAGAAGUUGUUGCUUAUUUAGGUAUUCUUGUCAAUAUCUGAUUGCACAUCACUGGACAAGUUCCUUACACAGAGAUGUAAUAGUUUACCAGCCUGUGGUUUCUUCUUUUUUUUUUUCCAUGAAUUUACAAUAAAUGUGGUUUGAAGCUUUCAAGCAGACACAUAGUCCUGGAUUUCUGUGAGUGAAAACCCACCAGAUGGCUGCAUCAAGCUCAUGAGCAUUUGGGAAGUCUCCUGGGAAAGAACCUGAGAUCUUU